AUGGCGGCCAUAGACUCUUCGGCGACUCACGCCUUAACCAAGCCAGCCGUCCCCGUCGUCACCUCGUUCCCUUUCAACCCUCUCACCACAACCUUCUCCCGCCCUUCCGACUGCGACGGCGUCUUUGUAUCCGGCUUCCUCAGCGGAAUAGACUUUCCCAAAUCAUGCCUCCCAAAAGGCUUCCACACCGACCAGACCUCGUACUUCUCGCCGGGCCUGGCAUGUCCCUCGGGCUACUACUCGGCCUGCCACGAUAACAUUGGCGCUUCGAGGAUCACGACCGUAACCUGCUGUCCGACUUUGGCCUCCGACAUAUCGCUAUCCUGCGUCACGACGAGCACGCUGGAGAGUGUCUGGUCAACGUUGUUUUGUACGUGGAUUGCGCCGGAUGGAGACGGCACGACGCUGUCCAUGACGGUGAGCGACAAUGGCAUCACGAGCACGGUGGCGGGCGAUUUCACUGCUCCGGGGGGCUUGAACGCCUAUGGCAUCAGGAUGGUUUAUCAGAAGUCCGACACGGAGUCGACGACCAUGACACGGACGACAACGAGAUCAACCGCAGCGACGACGGGAACAAAGUCGGCAGGAGCAAAAAACACGAGCGGCUUGGACUCUGGCGAUUCAUCGUCUGGCGGGUUAUCAACGGGUGCCAAGGCAGCAAUUGGCGUUGUUAUACCGGUCGUUGUGCUCGGUCUGCUGGCCGGACUUUUCUUCUGGUGGAGGAAGCGGAAGCAGUACAACAAGGUCGUCUCGUCAAGCACGCCGACGGAGCUUCAUGGACAAGACGCAGCGCCUCCGACGGAACUGGCGCAGUACAGCGGCCUGAUGAACAAGCCCAAAGCGCCGGCUGAUGCGCCUCCGGAAGAGUUGCCGGCGCAUGAAGCUCCUGCGGUUGAGCUUCCCGCCGAGCGGAUGCACUAG